UGAACGCUCAUAUGACUUCAGCACAGGAGUGUGAAGGAUGCGUGCUCUAACUCUAAUAACUUUCCUUGGAGCACUAUGUCGUUCCUUAACAGAAAAUAUAUCAUACACUUCAUCGCCAAACAUUAUCAUCAUGCUCAUGGAUGACAUGGGCUGGGGGGACUUGGGGGUGUUCGGCCAGCCCUCUAAAGAGACCCCAAAUUUGGAUGCCAUGGCAGCUGAAGGCAUGCUUCUUCCAAACUUCUACACCGGCAGCCCACUCUGCUCCCCUUCUCGAGCUGCGCUUCUCACUGGGAGGCUGCCCAUCAGAAAUGGUUUCUACACCACUAACGCACAUGCCAGAAACGCAUACACACCACAGGAGAUAGUAGGAGGUAUUUCCAAGGAUGAGAUUUUGUUACCCCAGAUGCUGAAGACAAAGGGCUAUGUCAGCAAAAUAGUUGGCAAGUGGCAUUUGGGCCACAGACCGCAGUAUCUUCCUCUAAAGAAUGGUUUUGAUGAAUGGUUUGGUUCACCAAACUGCCACUUUGGCCCUUAUAACAACAGCAUCAGACCCAACAUGCCUGUCUACAACAACUCUGAGAUGCUUGGCAGAUACUAUGAAGAGUUUAAGAUUGACAGAAAGACUGGAGAGUCAAAUCUCACGCAAAUCUACUUGAUGGAGGGUCUUGACUUCAUAUUUCGUCAGACUAAAGCUCAGCAGCCCUUCUUCCUCUACUGGGCACCCGAUGCCACUCACUCCCCUGUCUAUGCCUCUAAACGCUUCUUAGGGAAGAGCCAGCGAGGCCGUUAUGGCGAUGCAGUCAUGGAGCUGGACUACAGCAUCGGUCAGAUCUUGAACUCGCUGCGGAUUCUGGGUAUCGACAGUAAUACCUUUGUCUUCUUCACCUCAGACAACGGAGCAGCUCUUAUGUCUGGCCCCAAUGAAAGUGGCAGCAAUGGGCCCUUUCUCUGUGGGAAGGAGACCACCUUUGAGGGGGGAAUGAGGGAACCUGCCAUUGCUUGGUGGCCUGGACACAUCAAAGAGGGCUCAGUGACUUUCCAGCUGGCCAAUGUCAUGGACCUAUUCACCACCAGUCUGGUUCUGGCAGGCAUCAGCCCUCCUGAUGACCGUACUCUAGAUGGACUGGACUUAACACCAGUUUUGUUCAACCGCCCCCACACACUCAAAAACAGGCCGAUAUUUUAUUACCGUGGGAAUGAACUGAUGGCUGUGAGGCUCGGACAAUACAAGGCACACUACUGGACCUGGAGCAACUCGUGGGCGGAGCUUAAAAAGGGUAUAAACUUCUGUCCAGGUCAAGAGGUGCCAAAUGUGACUACUCACACUCAGAAGGAGCACACACUCCAGCCAAUCAUUUUCCACCUGGGGCGGGAUCCUGGAGAAAAGUUCCCACUCAGUGUUCUCACUAAGGAAUACCAGGAUGCCCUGAGCAGGAUCUCUGCAGUUGUGAAGGAGCAUAAAGAGACUCUGGUGCCUGGCAUGCCCCAGCUCAACAUGUGUGACAUGGCAGUGAUGAACUGGGCCCCCGCUGGCUGCGAGAAGUUGGGAAAGUGUCUGAAACCACCCACGUCUGAACCCUGGAAGUGCAACUGGCCACACUGAGAUCAAAAGUACUGCACUAGACACCAAGAUGAGGAAGUAAAACAUGAAGAUGUGCCAUGCCAUAGAAUAAUGCACGACCUCAGUAUUUAAAGGGAUAUAUUUUUCAAGACUUUGUGUUUUUGUACAGUCUUAAAGAAAAGCAGAUUCGACCAAACCAGGGAAAUAUGUUUGUAAACUGUGAUUACUUUUAUAAGGCAAGUUAUUUCUACUGUACAUCUGUGUGUUUUAAUGAGUCACUUCAAGUUCAACUUGUUAUGGAAUUGAAAAAAAGACAGAUUUUAUGGGUGGUUCAUUGGUUUUAAAAAAAAUUAAAAAGACUGAUUUGG